CGGCAUUUCCUCUGUUCUCCUCUUCUGCUCCAGAAAGAAACUUCUGGUGCUUGAUGGUCUAUUUCUGAUGACUGCUAAAUAUUUUGUUUAGGGCCAAAAACAUUUUAUUUCAUUGUACCAAAAGCUUAUAAAAUUCCUUGAACAAAGUAGACUUCUGAACCGUCUUACGUCACUUACGUGAUUUCCAAUGCAUUGUGGGAUCAGUUUCUUUAGAAAACAUAAGAAAUCUGAUAUGUUUUGUCCCAAGCAUAUCAUACAAUGCCUUGCGUAUAAAACAUUAACCAUAGACAUUGUUCUACUACGAUAUCCACUAAAGUUUGAUUGCUACGUYACUCGUAGGCGGUGCAUAAAUGGUCCAGGGGCCGCUACUCCUUCACUUUCUUGUCAUGACGGGUUCGCACUGUGUGUUCUGACUAGGGAUAUCGAGGUUUAUGCCGAUAUUAAGUCAAUGCGGUUCUUCAGCUCUUCUUUUGGCGAACAAGUCGUCAACAUCUCGGRAAUCUUAAGUCCUUUGUUGUAGGAUAUCAUUUGGUUGCCAUGGUAACUAGGACUUCUAAUGACACGUGACCGAAUGAAUCGUCUGACAGACAAGUAUAAUAUGAUUUUCUUUCAGUUUCGUCUCCUUGUUUUUGAGGCAAAAUUAAACGAGUUCAUGUUGCUUCAUCUCAGUACUAGCAGAUGUCCAUUUCACAGAUACAUCAAGAGCUUAUCUAGAUAUACAACAAGUACAUACAAGUGCGGUACGUCAGAGGAGCUGCGAAAAAGUAUAAAAACGAGGAGCACCAACAAAAGGAAGAACGAAAUAAGGAAAUAGUAGAUCAAGACGAGAUAAACGAAGUAGCUGAACAAGGCUGAAUUGAGAAGCUGCAGCAGACGGAGACGACGAAGAAAGAGGAAGAAAACGAGAAUCGAAAAAUAACAUCAGAAACAGCAGAAAAGGAGAGACACUGCAAACUAUUUGCCCCCCCCCCCCCCACAACAUAAAUUAUCAACUGUUUUAUGCUGCAAUAUCAUGUCGAACAACACUACAAAAAUCAUUCCCUUGGAGUCAAUCGAUGGCAAAGUACGACUGACGAUCUACAUAACUUGUCUAAUUCUAGGAACAAUUGGUUGCUGUAUUGUACUUAUAGCUCUGUUCACUAAGAAAGGAUGUAAGUGGACAGAUCAUCGGAUCUUGUUGGCCAACUUAGCAGUAACCGAUAUGACAACUAUCUGGGCUUACGUUAGUGUUCAUUUCACACUUUUAUCAGGUAACCUUUAUCCAAGUUUCUGUAACUUUUACCCGAUGCUAAGUGUUCCUUUAACUACCAGUAUCUUYACAAUAACAUCAAUGGCAGUGAUAAGAUAUCGUAGGAUCGUUAGAAUGUGGAGUAGCAAUAUCAAAGUAAUUACGAUGAUAAUCUGGGUCAUUUGUCUCUGGGUUGCUUCAUUUCUUCUUUUAUCUCCUGCUAUGGUCGUAGUGAGACCAACUGGACGAUACUGUAUUCUUGCCUGGACACACCCCUUUCAACGAAAAACCUACGUGUUCGCGUUAUUUGCAUUUCAGUAUCUGAUUCCUCUAAUUAUCAUCAGCGCUGCGUACAUCGGAAUAGGACACAAUCUGAAACAUUACGAAGGGCAAGUGGAAAGGGAGAAUGUGAAAAAAGAGAACAGGGAUAUCAUCAUAACACUUGCGAUCAUUUCUGUGAUCUUUGCACUGUUUUUGAUGCCUCUACAGAUUGGCUCAGUUAUGUUUGAAUUCGGUGGUAUUUCGAUCAGGAAGUUUGUGUACAUGUUCAUGAACUACUCGGAUAUCUUCGCUCUCGUUCACUGUUGUAUCAAUCCAUUUGUCUACGGGAUCGUUCCGAGGGAGUUCCGUGAGCGCUAUUGGGACUGGACAUCAAAGGUUUUAAGAACAAUUUCAAGGGGCUCUGAGAACACUUCCUACAAGAUAUCAAAACCUCAUGACAGGGAGCUUGGAAGAUCUAGAAGAUCCACAAACCCAUCGCUUGACAAUCAAGUGGUUUUGAAUAGUGGUGAAUGUUUGAAGACAACUAGCUUGCUCUCAACCAACCAACAACAAAUUACAUAACCCUUCAAACAAUAUAAAUAAUGAAAUAAAGWUAUAUUGGAAAAACAUCAAGAAAUGACAUCAUGAAACUACAAACAUAAAGAAAUUAUAUCAUAAAAUGACUCCAUUGGUAGAGAUUUAUUCAUGAUAUAGAUUAGGGUCACAUAAAUCAUUACGGCACUACUCAUGUGGUCAUUAUAGAUCUA